UGGCGACGGUCGAGACGGUUUUGGAGGCCAGAGCAGAGCUGAUUUUGACCAAACAGAAGCCAAACACAGGCUUGAAACACUUCACCUCAGACUAAACUGUGAUUCAGAAUCACAAAAUGGAAAGUGAGGUAACAGUGUCCUCCUCAUCGAGCGCUGUCUCAUCCUCCGCUCCACAGACGUCCACCGCUCAGACCAUCCUGGCAGCCAAGCAGAGAGACAGCAGAAAGAACGCAUCUACAACUCCCGCCUUCCUCUCCAACCUGGGGAGGGCCACCUUGCGAGGCAUUCGCAAGUGUCCGCAGUGUGGCGUCUACAACGGCACCCGUGGGCUCAGCUGCAAGAACAAAGCGUGCGGGAUUUCCCUCCGAAAUGCUUCUUCGUCGACGGGCAGGAGCAGCAAGAAAUGUGCGGUGGAGGUGGUGAAAGUGAUUAUAGACAGCGAGGAGAGGGUGGGGAAAGAGCGCGAGGGCGGAGGAGGAGGGGUCCUGGGUGGAGGCUCAGGUGGAGGAGUGCAGGUGUUUUCAGUGUGUCAUAGAGGAAGAGGAGCCACAGCGACGCAGCUGGGCUUUGUUGAACUCGUCCCCACUGAUACGGCGAUAGCGACAGGAGACGGAGCCACCCUGCUGACACGUAUCAACCUGGGACGCUGCUUUUUGCCUUCCUGCAGGCAGGGUCAAAGGUCAAAUCAGGGUGAGACAGAAUCAUCGGCAGCCAAACAGUCGUCAGACAGCCUCUGCAUCCACAUCAAGCAAGCGAUAGAGUGUCGGAGCCACGCCACGCCGCUGACCUUAAAGAGCUCCGUCCUGGAGGGUUUACAAGCCUCCAUGCAAGCCAGGGAGGAGCUGUGGAGGCUGGCCACCGAGUCUCCGGGGCCCCUGGUGCAGCGCGUUGCAAAAGACACCCUUGUGGUGAAGUGCCACACGGAUUCCCAGCAUCCUUUAGGGCUGCUGCAUCUCACUGUGGGUGCAGCUGGACUGUCUGAGGUGUCAAAGAGCGAGAGAAGAGGCAGAGAGCAGCAGAAAGAUGGUGUCUUCCACUGUGCCUGUCAGGUGAGCAGCAGCAGCAGCAGCAGCAGCAGCAGCAGCAGCAGCAGGAGGAGUAAAGCUGGUGCUGAUGGAGCAGGUGGAUCCAGCAACUCUCACCCUCCACCUCCCAGCUCGCUCGCGUCACAGCCGUGCCUUCACUUCUACGCCUGCGUGUGCGCCUUUGCGAGCGACGAGAAGCUGGCGUCAGAAUUUGCUGCUUUCAUCAGCUACACCCCAAGUGGUGUGCAGCAGAACGUCUCCAGCAGAGUAAUCAGUCCCAGUGAGAAGCCUCUGCAGCAGGCCGAACCCGUCAACUCUCCUCAUAAAACAAAGAAACUUCGCCUGGAUGAAUCUCUCUCAGGGAGCACGCAGGCUGUGGAUGAGCGCACCGUGAUGAUGGGCUUCCAGCAGUGGCUGGCCAGCGUUACAGAGAGGAUCCACCAGACCAUGCACUACCAGUUUGAUGGGAAACCACAGCCUCUGGUGUACCACAUCCCCCAGGAGUUCUUCAAUGCUCUACAGCACCGUCUGUCUCUGGGCUCCAAGAAGAGGAGGCUGCCCAACUUCACGACAGCGUUUGUGAGGAAUGAUGGACUUCCUCUUGGCUCUUUCUCCAAGUACACCUGGCACAUCACCAAUCUCAUGCAGGUCAAACGCAUCUUUGACACCUCAGAGCUGCCUCUGGAGCUCUCUCAGAGUUUCGUAAAGAACGCUGAUGGCUCUUAUUCACGUUUUCGCUGCCCUGAGCCUCCACCUGAACCAGAACUACCAGAGGGAUAUCGUACAGAUCGGCCGCAGGCUAUAAGACCGAUGGAGCUCCGCACUUUCCUCAAAGUCGGACCAGCAGAUCAGAAGGAGGCCAGUCCGUUUGUGAUCGAGUGGAUCCCGGACGUCCUCCCUCGCUGUCAGAUGGGAGAGCUCAGGAUCAACUUUGAAUUUGGCCACCAGCAGAGCGGCCAGCCGGAGAACUGUGACAAAACGAGUGUGGCGGAGAAAGGAGGUCGUAACAAGUCAGACUCAACCCCAUCCAAACACACAAAGACUGUUGACAUCCUUCAGGUGGUUGUCUGAUAGCCCUCUCAUCAUACACCGGCAAUAAUCAAUUUUAACUGCCUCAAUAUGACUCAUACAAUAUGUCACCCACCCAUAUAUUUAUUUUAUAUUAUGCAAGGUAUUGAUUAUGGAUUGACAUGUAAGUUACACAGUGUAAUACUGAUCCACAGUAGUUUUAGACAAUCUAGUCUGUAGUGGAGCAUUUAUCAUAAUGUGUUUUCCUUAAAAUAUUUAUAACAAA